CUGCAGGUGGCGAAUCGCAUCUCUGCAUGUCUGGCAGACAUAUCAGUGUGGAUGACGGAUCACCACCUCAAGCUGAACCUCAGCAAGACGGAGCUCCUCUUCCUCCCGGGGAAGGACUGCCCGUUCCAUGAUCUCGCCAUCACGGUUGACAACUCCAUUGUGUCCUCCUCCCAGAGCGCUAAGAACCUUGGCGUGAUCCUGGACAACACCCUGACGUUCUCAACUAACAUCAAGGCGGUGUCCCGUUCCUGUAGGUUCAUGCUCUACAACAUCCGCAGAGUACGACCCUGCCUCACACAGGAAGCGGCGCAGGUCCUAAUCCAGGCACUUGUCAUCUCCCGUCUUGACUACUGCAACUCGCUGUUGGCUGGGCUCCCUGCCUGUGCCAUUAAACCCCUACAACUCAUCCAGAACGCCGCAGCCCGUCUGGUGUUCAACCUUCCCAAGUUCUCUCACGUCACCCCGCUCCUCCGCUCUCUCCACUGGCUUCCAGUUGAAGCUCGCAUCCGCUACAAGACCAUGGUGCUCGCCUUCGGAGCUGUGAGGGGAACGGCACCUCAGUACCUCCAGGCCCUGAUCAGGCCCUACACCCAAACAAGGGCACUGCGUUCAUCCACCUCUGGCCUGCUCGCCUCCCUACCACUGAGGAAGUACAGUUCCCGCUCAGCCCAGUCAAAACUGUUCGCUGCUCUGGCCCCCCAAUGGUGGAACAAACUCCCUCACGAUGCCAGGACAGCGGAGUCAAUCACCACCUUCCGGAGACACCUGAAACCCCACCUCUUCAAGGAAUACCUAGGAUAGGGUAAGUAAGGGUAAGUAAUCCUUCU